UUCAUCCCACAACACACAGCCAUAAGCACGUGGAAACCAGAGGUGUGGGCACUGGUAUUUUUUGUAGAGCUGCAGAAUAACAACAAGUGCUAAACAGUUGCAAUAAGCCAUUACCUGCACACCUUAAUGUAAUUUGUAAACAAACUUGUGGCAGGCGUCGAGCUUCUGCGUCAGACUUUACGCACAUUUGCGCCCUGUGUGACUGGAAGCUGAUUUCGCAUCUUUACGCGCAGAGAUGUUGUAUACUGGAGACAGUGCCUGAAUGAAGAGACCGUGCACCCACUUUGGAGUCAAAGCGUCACGCUGACACGGACGCAACAACAAGACUGAAGAUAAAAACACAACUUUCUGCCCCUGCUUCCUCCUGAGCUCCCUCCAGUCAGUCAAUUCCACCACGUUCAUCCUGAAGGAGCUCCGGUGUUGCAGCCAUGCCAAAGAACACCAAGGUGACCCAGCGGGAGCACAGCAAUGAGCCGGUCACUGAGUCGGUGGCUGACCUGCUGUCCCUAGAGCACCCCAUGGAUUACAAGAGCAGUCAGAUGAGUAUGGGUUUGAGUCCUGGCUCUACCGCUCCAGUGAAGGCCCUGAUACCCUCCCCUGACCCUGACGCAGAGGACGGCAGACCGGCCUGGAACAACAAGCUAGAGUACAUCCUGGCCCAGGUGGGCUUCUCUGUGGGCCUGGGUAACGUCUGGAGGUUCCCCUACCUGUGCCAGAAGAACGGUGGAGGUGCAUACCUGGUGCCCUACUUCAUUCUCCUCCUCCUCAUUGGCAUCCCCUUGUUCUUCCUGGAGCUGGCAGUGGGACAGAGGAUCAGGCGUGGUAGCAUCGGGGUGUGGAACUACGUCUGCCCACAGCUGGGAGGCAUCGGGGUUUCCAGUCUGAUGGUUUGUGGUUUUGUGGGCCUCUACUAUAAUGUGAUUAUCGGCUGGAGCAUCUUCUAUUUCUUCCAGUCUUUCCAAUAUCCACUGCCUUGGGCUGAAUGCCCCAUCCAGAGAAAUGGAUCCCAAGCCAUUGUGGAGCCGGAGUGUGAGAAGAGCUCGGCCACAACUUACUUCUGGUACCGCCAGACUCUCAACAUCACCAGCUCGAUCGAUGACACCGGCGGCCUGAACUGGAAGAUGACCCUGUCCCUUCUGGUAGCUUGGAUCUUGGUCUGCCUGGCUGUCAUCAAGGGCAUCCAGUCCUCUGGGAAGGUGAUGUACUUUAGCUCUCUCUUCCCAUAUGUGGUGCUUUUCUGUUUCCUGGUGCGAGGUUUGAUGCUGAAGGGAGCGGUGGAUGGCAUCGCUCACAUGUUCACCCCUAAGCUAGAAAAGAUGUUAGAGCCACAGGUAUGGAGAGAAGCUGCCACACAGGUCUUUUUUGCUCUCGGUCUUGGCUUUGGAGGUGUCAUCGCUUUCUCCAGCUACAACAAGCGAGACAACAACUGUCACUUUGACGCUACGCUGGUCUCCGUCAUUAACUUUGUUACCUCCAUCCUGGCAACUUUAGUUGUGUUUGCGGUCCUGGGGUUCAAGGCGAACAUCAUGAACGAGAAGUGUGUUGUCGAAAAUGCAGAGAAGAUUUUGGGUUUCCUAAACACAGGUGUGCUGAGCAAAGAGCUCAUCCCUCCUCACAUCAACUUUUCCCACCUGUCCGCCCAGGACUAUGCAGAGAUGUACGGUGUUAUUAAAACGGUGAAGGAGGACAGCUUCGACCAGCUGGGCCUGGACGCCUGUGUGCUAGAGGACGAACUCAACAAGGCGGUUCAGGGCACUGGUUUGGCAUUCAUCGCCUUCACAGAGGCCAUGACACAUUUCCCUGGCAGUCCCUUCUGGUCUGUCAUGUUCUUCUUCAUGCUGAUCAACUUGGGUCUAGGAAGCAUGAUCGGCACCAUGACUGGCAUCACCACACCCAUACUCGAUGCUUUCAAGAUCCGCAAAGAGAUCCUGUGUGUGGCUUGCUGUAUCAUAGCCUUUCUGUUAGGCCUGCUGUUUGUGCAGCGCUCGGGGAACUACUUUGUCACAAUGUUUGAUGACUACUCGGCUGGUUUGCCUCUCACUGUGGUGGUGAUCCUGGAAAACAUCUCUGUAGCCUGGAUCUACGGCACUAAGAGGUUCAUGCAGGACCUAGAGGACAUGCUUGGUUUCAGGCCAUACACCUUCUAUUACUACAUGUGGAGAUUUGUGUCGCCAGCUGUCCUGGUGGUGCUCAUCUUCUCCACUGUCAUUGAGAUGGCCACCAGUCCUGCAGGAUACAACGCCUGGGUGGAGGCUGAGGGCGCAGAGCGUUUCCACAGCUACCCUCCCUGGGCUUUAGCCAUGGCCUACUCCCUCAUCGUGCUGGCCAUGCUGCCUUUACCCCUCGUCUUUAUUGUUCGCCACUUCAACCUGAUCUCAGACGGUUCCAACAAGCUGUCCGUCUCCUACCGUAAAGGCAUGAUGAAGGACAUCUCCAACCUCGAAGAGCAGGACGAGCAGCGCUUCAUCCUCAGCAAGAAGCUCAGCGAGGCUCCUUCCCCGAUGCCUGCCCACCGUGCUUACCUGGGCCCCGGUGGCACCCAGGAGAUGACCAACACCAACUACGGCACCAGCACCAAGACAGGCUACCAGAACAUCGGCUCGCCCGAGUCUGAGCUAUGAUCCACUGAGCUCAUAGAUCAUCCAUUAAACCCCAGCCUUGCUUAGACAGAGGAAGAAAGGGAGGAACAGAGAAAGUCAGGAGGCAAUGAAAAUUCACUGUCAGCUCUUGCAGCGUUCAUCACACCUUAAAGGUGCUGUAGGUAGGAUUGCAAAGAUCCAGGACUUAGCCAAAAAUUUUUACGACAUCGACCACUUCUCAGUCCCUCCACCCUUUCUGCUAAAGCCCAAAACGGUCUCUAAGCUCCUUCCCCCACAAGGGAAAAUGAAUGUGUGUGCGUGAGCAGUGAUUGACACACAGUUAGACACCCCCCUGGCCCUGAUUGGUGCAUCUGAACAGGGAGCUGUUCAGGGAGCUUUUUUUUUUAAUUACCUGCUUCAUGUAAUUCAACCAAACAUUGGGUCAGUUUCAGCAAAUAUGAUAGAAAGUUAGUUUUAUAAGUCUUACCUACUGCACCUUAAACCUCCAGAGCUGUGUCUCUCUCUCUGAGUCCCCCCUUUUCUGCCCCUAUGCUCCUCACCUUUGGUUCUUCCCCGUCAUAGCAUCCGUGCUGCCAGUUGCCUGUCAAUCCCAGCUGUAAUGAAGGGAUUAUGGGAAUGUGAGUCCCAACAGAUAUGAUGAUUUUCCAUUUGUCAAAGUAAAACAGGGGCAGAGAGAGAGGGAAAGAGACAGGAACAGAGGGGGGAGUGAAGGAUGGGUUAGGAUGGAUGGAAGGAGACUCAGAAAGAACUUAUUUUCAUGAUCAGUAUCACCAUAUGAGUCCAUUUCUCAUCCAAAAAGCAAAUUUAUUACAAAUCCAUUCAUAUCAGUAGGUAAUAAGUAAGUCUUAUAGCGUAAACAGUGUUACAAGCACAUUGCAUCUUUAUUGUGCCUAUCAUGCAUCAGCAAUAAUAACCAGUCAAAGUAGGGUCCUCAUAAAACUGUGGAUCUCCUUCUAUCCCUACUUUCCCAACUAAUGUAGAAUAAUGUACAUAUGUAUUGUGCAAUAGUCUGAGAUGUCACCGUAAAUCAUGUAUAUACAUCACAGAAGUGCAAAACGAGGGGAAACUAUUCGCUUCUUCAUUUCUUCUCCAUUAAUUCAGAAGCACCGACACCCACUAUCAUUUGAGAGCAUCUCUGAGCCUUAACACAGAGCAGCACUUUUCUUUUAAACAACCUUUAUUCUUGACAAAUAAGGCUCUGGAGCUGUUGCCAACAGCACUGCACACGUCGUCUCGCUGCUGUUCCAGUCGCAGCUGGUCUAGACAAAGCUUUUCCAUUUGAAUCAAUCAAUGUAAUCAAGCGAUUCCAUUUUAAUCGAUGCCUUAGAAGGGCAGAGGUGGCAGUGCACGAGUAGAGCUAAGCAGAGCGGCAUCACACUCGUCGUUUGUCUGUGUGUUACAGUACUGAGGCUAGAAGGAAUUGGAAAAUGUGAGUUUGUGUACGUGCCUGUGCAAGUCUGCCGCUGAAUGAGAGCUCCCGGUGACCGUGCCUCUUUAAAAAUAGAACAGCAUCACCCAGCGUAAGCUGUGGCAACGCACCAUAGAUACAGAUCCUCUUCUGAUGUGAAGGAGGAAUAGAAGAGUGGACAUCUUGCUUUGUCUGCUCCCCCUGUACAGCUGGGUACUCAGCAAUACACACAAGAUAUUUUACUUUUGAGGUACUACAAGAAUAUAUCUCAAAUGUUUUACAGUGCAUUAAGUAAGAGGUUCACUGCCGUGCCGCGUUGUGGCUUUAUCAUGCGUCACACCUAAGAGGAAGAUGUUUGGGUUUAAUUGUUGUACAUUCCUCAAAUUAGAACCACUAUGGAUUUCACAAGCACUAAAAUGUACACUUUGAUGUAUUUUUUGUGAACUGAGAUGUGAAAAGUUUAAUCCU